UCCAAGCCCAUGCCCCUGCCCCGCAGGGAAAGGAGAUCGCGCCUGGCCAGCUCCCGAGUGGCUGGAACUAGGCUCCCACGGACCACAGUCCACUCCCCAAGACGUGCCGGCCAAGGAGCCCCCUCAUCGAGCCAUGCGCAACUCCUCACCCGGCGGCGCCAUUCCUCCGAGCAGGUCCCACAGGAGCCCAGUCCGCAGGCUGACUUCCGCUCGGGAAGGUGGCUCUACGAGCGCGCCGGAGGGGACACCAGGGACUGCCCGCAGACUCCACUUAGCGGGAUGGGCUCUAGAAACAGGAUCUCUGAUCAAGAAGUAGUGAUUCCCUGUGGUUCUGAUGAUUUUGGAAGUGUGGAUUUGGAAUUGAGCAAUUUGGAGGAUGUUAAAAAAGACUCAAGUAGUAGUGAACUUACAGUAUUAGACCUGGACAUCACUGAUCUCCCUGAGCUCCCUCAGGAGUCCUUCACAGAUAGCCUCAGACAUUUCAGUCCCCAGGAGCCCCUCUGUGAAACUAGUGUUGAGAGACUAGUCCAAUCCAUCCAGGAGGUGUUUAAUGGUAAGCUAAAGGAUGAACCUGAAAAACUGACAUUCCUAAGAUCUUUGUCUUCUCUCAGUGAAACUUUACAUUAUGAUGAAACCACAGAAUCAUUCAUUCAUAGCCACAUAGCAGACAUAGUGCACAUCCUAAAUGUACUGGUGCAAGAGGAGCCCCUGCAUUCUCUGCUCAGCCCUGUGCUCCAGGAGGUCUUUGCCACAAUCACUGUCCUCAGUUACCAAGAUGUACACUUGCUGUUUGGCUCUGAAGAUCAUACUGAAUUGUUCAGUCUCCUCACCAAAAAAAUAGUCAGUCUGCCCUCCAUCAGGAGUCUUACCCAGCUGGAGGAAACCAUUGCAAGCGAGUCCUCCAACCCAGAGUGUCUCUACAGGCAGACAUUCCAGGCAUUCUCUGAGAUGCUGCAGAGUUUGGUGGUAAAGGACCCACAUUUAGAAAAAUUUGAUGCCAUUUUUAAGCACAUGACCCCCUGCUUACAGUCGGUCAAAGACCAUGAGCGGGAAUGGGCCACAGCCAGCAUGGCCCAAGUUCUGAAGUGCUUAUCCAGACAUCUCUGCCUGAAGCUUCCACUGCAAUUCCAAAGCCUUGGACAUCUGGUAGCACAGCUGGCACUGCUAUGUGGGGACCCACUGAAAGCUGUGGCUGAAGAUGCUGCAGAAGGCGCACACUACCUGAUGCAUGUCACCCUGAGGCUGAAGUAUACCACUCAAGAUAAAACAAACCACCAAAACUUGAGAAGAGGGUUGAAGGAGUGCUGUGAAAUUCUAGAGAACCACGAUAUUAAGCAGUUUUACCAUAAUCCUUUCAAAAUUGCCCAGGUCUUCGAAGUUUUUCUCAAUUCAAAUGAGCUCUGCCAGUUUAUAAUGACUACAUUGAAUGGCUUAAAACACCUGAAACAUACUUGCACCCAAGAAUUGGCUGGAGAAUUGCUGCUAACAUUGGUAAAAAAUGCGGAGUCCCGAAUUGAGAAGAUACCAGAAAUUAUGGGAGUUAUCUGUGCCCAGCUACCCAUAAUCAAUCAGCCAGGAGUUCGCCAACAAAUCAUAAGUACUGUGAGUUUGUUCAUCUCCAGACCCAAGUACACAGACAUAGUGCUUAGCUACCUUCUGUGUCAACCAGUACCAUAUGACAGGAAUCUAGCUAUGUUGUGGAGAACCCUGAAGUUGGACCUGCCCAGCACGACUUGGGUAUUGUGGAGGCUACUGAGAAAGCUCCAGAAGUGCCACAAUGUGCCCCAGCAGGAAAAGAUGGCCUAUGUGGCCGUUGCUGCAACAGAUGCCCUUUAUGAAGUGUUUGUGGGAAACAGGCUGCGAGCAGCUACAUUCCGACUCUUUCCUCAGCUUCUCAUGACCCUGCUCAUCCAGAUUCACCACAGCAUUGGCCUAACCAUGUCUGAUGUUGCCAUCCCAAGUGGCCUGUAUACAGAGCAGAAAAUGUUGGCAGAGGUCACACCUUUGUGUUUUGCCAUACAGGCCACAAAGACUCUACUUCUCAGAGCAUUAUGCAGCUGGGAAUUUGAUGUAAUGGAAAAGAAUAAAGGAUGGACUCUGCUGCAGGGAGAAGAUUGCCAUCUUCAGGGAGUAUUUCUCCUUGCCAAUGCAUUGCUAGAAAGAAAUCGCCUCCUUGCAUGCAGGAUCUUGUAUUUGUUAGUUCCACUUCUUAACCGAGGGAAUGAUAAACAUAAGCUCACAUCUGCAGGCUUUUUUGUGGAGCUCCUUCAAAGUCCAGUGGCCAGGAGACUGCCCAGCACAUACUCCAUAGCCCGCCUGAGAGACUGGCUGCAUCAUAGAAAUAAUCUCUUUAGGAUUCUUGCUCUGAGGGGGCUCCACAAUCUUGCCGGACACUGGGAGAUGAGGGAAGACAUCAAGAGACUGUUGCCAUCCAUCUUAGACAGCUUGUGGGAAUCUGAUGAGAGGAUUAUUUUGUUGGCCAUCCAGAUACUGCAGAAGCUUGUCAGGACAAUGGAUUUCACAACAUUGGCUGCCAUGAUGAGAACCCUAUUGUCUUUAUUUGGUGAUGAAAGCAAGCGAGUCCUAAAAAUAUGUUCUCAAUUCCUGAAAUGGAAGCUGCCCCAAGAAGUAUAUGACAAAGAUCCCUUCUACAUUAAACCUGAUGAAGUUAGAACAAUCUGCGAAUUCUUUGGGAAAAAAUGCAAGGGUAAAAUUGACAUCCUUGCCCAAACAUUGAUGUACUCCAAGAAUGCAAAACUUCCCAUCAGAAGAACAGCCGUCUUAUUUGUAGGGCACUUAUCAAAGUACAUGGAUCACAGUGGGGCCAGAACGAAGGAGACCGAGUGGAUACAAGAUGAUCUCAAAGAGCUGCUGCAUGACCCUGAGCCAUCUCUGCGCAUCCUUGCCUCCCAGGCUCUGUUCCGAGUCCAAAGGGUGGAGUCCCAGGCAGAACCCGAGCAGACAGUUUGCUGGUGGAAGAAGCUCCUGGGCUGUCUCACUACCUAGAAA